GUUUAAGUCACGGACUAUGGUUCGUGUUCGUCGUCUUUGGCCGUAAUAGUCGACAAUAACGUACGGGCUUGACGUUCCAUGGCCGUCUUUUGGUCUUUAGACUUUAGUAUACACAAGGAGAUUGAAGGUGGGUGGAUGACACUCAAUGCCACCAAGGACAUGUCAGAUUUUAAGCAAAUUGCUUUUGUUCUUUCUUCAAAAGGUGAUUGGUCUAUUUGUCUCUCCUUUUUCUCGAAUCUCACCGACCUUUAGCUUAAAUAGCUCCUCUCAAUCAACCAUUCAGCGUCCCUCAUAUUCCAAUGUGAGACAAGAUAUAUUAAGUUUGGUUCAAUUGUAUGCAUAGUAACUAUAUAUAUGCACUAUAUUAAUAUGAUCACAGGAAGGAAAUUAUGAAUUUGUUUAAUCUCUUCUUGAUUCUCCAACAUAUUGUUUAGUCAUUCCUACUAAAAUUAUGCUUUUUUGUAAAUUGUUGAUGAGUCUGACUACCAAUAACUUCAUUCACGACUUUUUAGACUUGGUCUUUUGCCUAUGCAGUCUUUCUAGCUUUUAUAUUAGUUCUUAUGAGCUUAGAUUACCAAAGUUAGCUUGGAAAUAUUAAUGUUUAGCUUGCCUAAGCAAAAAAAUUAACAUGGACCAAGACAUAAAACAGAUCAUUAGAGAAGAAGAAGAAAAAAACAGAGCAUUGAGGAGUCCAAAGAUAGAGGAUAAACAUUUGCAUCCAUCACUAAGUGGUUCAAAUUAUUCUUCUUCUUUUAGCCGAGAUCACACAGAUUCUCACUGAUGCACACACUAUGAUAAUGCAGAGUUAGUAUAGGAGGCUCAAUCACCUGGUUACCCAAAAACAGAAGAGAUUUUUCAUCCAUAUCACUACUCUUCUUCGAAAUGUUCUAACUCUGCUAUGUGGAUCUUUCUUUGCAGUCCUCCAAGACUUACCUCUCGAGUUGAGACUCUUCUCUCUACUUUGUUCUAUGCAGGUAGAAGUAUUUAAAUAAUGGAUACAGUUUUUUAAAAAGAAGAAGUGAAGAAACAAAAGCUAUGUACCUACAAGGAAGCUGGCGCAAGAUAAUGCACCAGAGAGUCCUUCUCAUACUUAAUCAUGGUGUUCUAAAGGGUGUCACAAGAUGAGGCAAAAAAAUCUCUAAGGCAGGACAUAAUCCAAGGCGGGCCCGAGUGGAGAGAAUGAUAGGAUGGGUUUCUCCACAGGUUGGAUGGAUGAAGCUUAAUACGGACGGGGCUUCGAGAGGUAAUCAUGGUUUGGCUAUUGCAGGAGGAGUUUUACGGGAUGGGGAUGGCAAUUGGUGUGGAGGAUUCGCGUUUGAUAUUGGGAGAUGUUCCGCACCGCUGGCAGAAUUAUGGGGUGUGUAUUACGGUCUUUAUAUUGCUUGGGAGAAGAAAGUUACGAGGGUGGAGUUGGAGGUGGAUUCGGAAUUAGUUGUUGGGUUUUUGCAGACAGGGAUUAAUGAUUCACAUCCGCUGUUUUUCCUGGUACGUUUGUGUUAUGGCUUUAUCGUAAAGGACUGGAUAGUCCGAGUUGUUCACGUGUAUAGGGAAGCUAAUCGUCUAGCAGAUGGAUUAGCAAACUAUGUUUUUUCUUUACCUUUGGGUUUUCACUCUUUUGUUUCUGUUCCAUUGGAACUUGAUUCGAUUGUAAGGGACGACGCUCUAGGGUCUACACGACCAAGACAAAUUCCUGUUUGAGUACGUUUUUUAAUUUUUAAAAAAAAUCUGGGAUGUGGCAAAAAAAUUGGCAUGUGGAAAAUUUUUAAAGGAUGGCCGGCGUCAUUGACUUUACAAGAUUCCCCACUUGAAAAUGGCAUCAUCGUUCGUGAGAUAAUUGUCCGAUUUGAUUGGCGAGAGUCAAUAAAAAUAAAAACUUCUCUUUUAGAUCUUUCUCAUGGCUGAUUCCUCUGUUUGUUAUCCUUCUUCUUCAUCAUUUCAUUGGUGGAGAUACCAUGUCUUUCCGAGCUUUUGCGGAGAAGAUGUCCGUAAGAACUUUCUAAGCCAUCUUCAAAAGGAGCUACAACUUAGGGGAAUCAAUGCAUUCAAAGAUCAUGGAAUCAAGAGAAGUCGAUCCAUAUGGCCUGAACUUAAACAAGCCAUCUGGGAAUCAAGGAUUUCUAUAGUCGUUCUCUCAAGUAACUACGCUGGUUCAAGCUGGUGCUUGGAUGAGUUGCUAGAGAUCAUGGAAUGCAGGGAAGCUGUGGGACAAACAUUGCUGACAGUUUUCUAUGAGGUGGAUCCAUCCGAUGUUAGAAAACAGACAGGAGCUUUUGGGAAGGUCUUUGAGAAAACUUGCUUGGGAAGAACAGUUGAAGAGACGCAGAGAUGGAAGCAAGCUUUAACAGAUGUUGCUAAUGUCUCUGGCUAUUGCUCUGAAAAAUGGGACAAUGAAGCAAGUAUGAUUGAGAAAAUUGUUGCGGAUGUUUCGGAAGAGCUGAAUUGCUGCACUCCUUCAAAGGAUUUCGACGAUUUAGUUGGAUUGGAAGCUCAUGUCGCGAAGUUGAAUUCGAUGUUAUGUCUACAGUCUAAUGACGUGAGGAUGAUAGGGAUUUGGGGUCCUAUUGGAAUCGGUAAGACCACCAUUGCCAGAGCUUUAUACAAUCAACUUUCUUCUGAUGGUGAUGAAUUUCAGCAAAAUCUUUUCAUGGAGAAUGUUAAGAGAAGCAGUAAGAGAAACAAACUUGAUGGUUACAGACUGAAGCUGCAUUUACAAGAAAGAUUUCUCUCUGAAAUGUUCAACCAAAGGAAUAUAAAUAUAAGCCAUUUAGGUGUAGCACAAGAAAGGCUAAAGAAUCAGAAAGCUCUUAUUGUUCUUGAUGAUGUAGAUGAUGUAGAACAACUACAUGCCUUGGCAGAUCAAACUCAAUGGUUUGGUAAUGGAACCAGGGUUAUUGUGAUUACAGAAGAUAAACAGCUUUUGAAAGCUCAUGGGAUUGAUCAUGUCUAUGACGUGUGUCUUCCAUCUAAAGAUGAAGCCUUUCAUAUCUUUUGUCGAUUUGCUUUUGGAAAAACCUCGGCCCCAGAAGGCUACUAUGAUGUAGCUGUUGAAGUUGCAAAACUUGCUGGAGAUCUUCCCUUAGGUCUCAGCAUUUUAGGUGCAUCUUUGCGAGGGAUGAGAAAGGAUGAGUGGAUAAACGCGCUACCUAGGCUUAGAACCAGUCUAAAUGGGAAAAUCGAAAAACUAUUAGGAGCAUGCUAUGAUGGGUUAGAUGAGAAAGAUAAGGCUCUGUUUCUUCAUAUCGCGUGUUUGUUCAAUGGCGAAAAGGUUGAUCGUGUGAAGGAAUUGCUUGCAAUUAGUGCAUUGGAUGCAGAAUUUGGACUUAAAGUCCUUAAUGACAGAUCUCUUAUACAUAUAUGUGCUGAUGGAUAUAUAGUAAUGCAUUGUUUGUUACAACAAAUGGGUAAAGAAAUUACUCGGGGACAAUGUCUCCACGACCCCGGGAAAGGUAAGUUUAUAGUUGAUGCUUUGGAGAUUUCAGAUGUACUUGCAGAUGAAACCGGUACAAAAACUGUUUUAGGAAUAUCAUUAGAUAUGUCCGAAAUCGAUGGUCAAGUGUAUAUAAGUGAAAAAGCCUUUGAGAAAAUGCCUAAUCUCCAAUUCUUGAGGCUAUACAAUAGUAUUCCUGAUAAAGCAGCCGAGUUUGACUUACCUCACGGCUUAGAUUAUCUACCACGUAAACUUAGAUUACUACAUUGGGAUUCGUACCCUAUAAAAUGUAUGCCCUCUAAGUUUCGUCCUGAAUUUCUUGUCGAACUUACUAUGCGAGAUAGCAAGCUCGAGAAACUUUGGGAAGGUAUUCAGCCACUGACAAGUCUCAAGUAUAUGGAUUUGAGCGCAUCCACAAACAUUGGAGAUAUUCCAAACCUCUCAAGAGCAAAAAAUCUGGAGAAGUUGUAUCUUAGGUUCUGCGAAAAUUUGGUCACAGUUCCUUCUUCUGCUUUACAAAAUCUUAAUAAGCUAAAAGUGUUGGACAUGUCUUGUUGCAUAAAACUGAAGACUCUUCCAACCAACAUCAACUUGGAAUCCCUCAGUGUCCUUAAUCUGAGAGGAUGCUCGAAGCUGAAGAGGUUUCCGUUUAUUUCAACGCAGAUUCAAUUCAUGUCUCUUGGGGAAACAGCGAUAGAGAAAGUGCCUUCGCAAAUCAAGUUAUGUUCUCGGCUUGUUUCAUUGGAAAUGGCGGGUUGUAAGAACCUUAGAACAAUACCACCUUUCCCUGCAAGUAUAGAGAUUGUGGACUAUCAUGGUCAGGAGUCGAGCUAAUAUACAUUGAGUAUCUGCAUAAGCAGUACGUUAUUGAUCAA